CCGUGGGUAUAGUGAAACAAAAUAGUUGAUUUUAUCCCCCAAAUUCCCUUUCAUUCAUCAAAGAGAGUAAGGAAGAAAACAACGGAACGAGACCGGCGACCACAGGAAACGUUCCACCGUCGCGCAUUGUACUUCCACAGUCACAACAUUGAGAUGCCUCCGAAAAAGAAGACUAGAGUCAAGCAUCCUUUGAAGAAGAAUGGCAUGAUUUUACCAGAUAUAGUAGCUCAGGUGGCUCAACAAGUACAAGCAGCAGUUGAUCAAUCCCCACUAGAUGACGAUGCCACUACACUAGCCCCACUGUAUGGGUGGCGUCCCACCCAGGGACAUGUAAAGCUUUAUACCCAACAAGUUGUAGGGCCUCCGCCCCAGCCUAAUGAGAUGCCUCCAAAAAAGAAGAGUAGAACCAAGCAUCCUUUGAACAAGAACCAUGUGAUUUUACCGUAUAUGGUAAGUCAAACGGCUCAGCAGGUACAAGCAGCAGCUGAUCAAUCGCCACUAGAUGACAAUGCCACUACACUAGCCCCACAAUAUGUGCAACGCCGCACCCUGCGACAUGUAAAGCCUCCUACGCAACAAGGUGCAUUGCAUGCGCCCCAACCUAGUGAGAUGCCACCAAAAAAGAAGAUUAGAGUCAAGCAUCCUCUGAAGAAGAACCGUGUGAUUUUACCACAUAUGGUAAGUCAGACGAAUCAACAGGUACAAGCAGCAGCUGAUCAAUCGCCACUGGAUGAUGAUGCCACUACACUAACCCCACAAUGUGUGUGGCGUCGCACCCAGCGGCAUGUAAAGCCUCCUACCCAACAAGUUGCAGUGCCUCCAUCCCAACCUAAUGAGGUGGAUCACUCUGAACCAACUAUAGUAAUGAUGCCAACACUGGGUUUGGUUUCGAUGGACACAAUGCAUCCUUCUAGGGAGGACCACAUUUCCCCGUCCUCGACUACUAAUCAUUCUCCAUCGCAGCCAUUGACAUCCUUUUCUUCGCAACAUACUUCAGUUUCGACUAAUCCGUCAUGUUUAGUACCUGCUCCGAGAGGUAAUAGGACUAAGGGGUCACGAUACUCCCGUCCUAUCCCUGAGACUGCACCUGAUGGGAGGCCAUUGAUUCAUCCGGAUGGUCGAGGGUGGUUACCAUGUAGGGUGGCCUCUAGGGCCCUCACCUCAGUCAUUACAUCACAAUAUAGUGAUCCGUACCCUAGUUGGGGAGCAAUCCCACCAACUAUGGUGGAAUGCUGGUUCGAAAAAUUUGGUGAAAAAGUUGCUUGGUUGCCUGAGCAUGAUUUUCAAAUUAGGAAUAUCUUCAAAACUAAAGGAUCAAUGCGUCUUUCUGAGAUAUUGAUGGAGGCGAGGAACAAGCGCAAGCGUCCAUCUUGGAUGGAUGAGAGUGUUUGGAAAGAACUUGAGAGGAUAUGGAUGGAUCCAUCCUAUAAGAAGAUAUCAGUUCGAGCUAAGAAAAACCGUGCUUCUUGUAAAGGAGGAUCUGUCCAUACUUGUGGAUCUAUAUCAGUCGCUGAGCAUACCAUACGAAUGGCUGAAGAGUUGGGUAGAGAUCCCACAUUGGAUGAGAUCUUCGUAAAAACACACACCAAGAAGGACUCCUCUUGGGUUGAUGAUAGAGCAAAAAAAUCAUAUGAAUCCUUUCAGGAUAAGUUGCAAAAGGCCUCCCAAGUUGAGGAUGCAUCUGGUAGUGGCUCUCAAGCCAUUAACCCCGCAGCUCGUUUAGACAUAUGGGUCCAAUCUGUUGGGGGAAAGAAUCGAGGACGUAUUUACGGUGCUGGAGAUAGAUCCUCGCUGUAUAGACCAGGUGUCAAAUGUCUAACCCCAGAUUCUCGUCCAUCUAAAGGUUGCUCCAAUGUCCUAUCUCAAUACUCUGGCGAGGUGGCUGCACAAAUAGCAGCAUUUGAGGAGCGAGCAAAGGCGGCAGAGGAUGAGGCAAGAGAAGCGCGGGAAGAGCUUAGGCAAGUAGAGCAGCGUCGACAAGAGGAAGUUCACCUGGCAGAGCAGCGCACUGCGAAGUUUCAGAGGCAGCUAGCAUCAUUAGCAAAUAGUGUAGCUUCCAUACAGGCUGAGUCCUCCCGUCGUCGUCGCCGUCGUCGUCAUCGUCAUCGAGAUUAUGAUGAGUAUGAGUCUACCAGUGAUGAGAGUGAGGACUAUUGAUUUCUAUUGAUAUUUUGAUUUUGUAGCUCUGACUUGUAGCAACAUUAUCCAUAUCUACCCUUAUGACUACAUCUUAUGUCUAGACAUCUGGUGUCGUUAUUAUCGACUUUGAGACUUGUAAUAGUCAUUUUGUGUAUUAUAAAUACUACACUUUAUUUAACAUGGUGAUGUUUUGUUAUGUUUGAAA